AUGGACCCCCUCGAAGAUGGAUUUCUGGGUCGUUAUCAGCGGGACAAACAAGGAGAUUUGUCCGACCUAAACGAAUUACCCAUUUCAAACCCACUUCAUCCAUUGAGACUAAAUUCUAUCCCAUCACAGAUUUCUGAACCGCCUCGCGUACCUAACUCAACAUUUCUUCGGAAAUUCAUGGCCAGAUCUAUCCUCUUAGCUAUCGCAUCACCAAUCAUUCCUCAGACAUGCCAUUUAGCAAACCUACCCAAGGAAACAUUUCGUAUCAUACUAGGACAUUUACCCCCAUCCUCAGCUUCGUCGCUAGCACUCACCUGUAAAGGGUUUCUCGCGGCAGUAGGAAAUGACCCUUUCAAGGCACUGUCGAGGGAUCGUUGUGAGACAUAUGUUCUUUUAUGGUUCAUUGCAAAAGACCUACCCCGUCAAAGUGUCUGUCAUUCUUGCAAUCGACUCCAUAACAAUGAAACCGCAUUGAGAUGUUAUCGAGAUGGAAGAAACGGAUGUGGAGAAUCUCAAAAGAGGCACAAAGCUCUGAAGUGCCGAUUAGACACUCGUCUUGACUGGGACUACAAAGAGUUGAUAGAUGAAGAUUUUAGUCCAAGGAUUUUUAAUAUGGCUAUGAAGCAUUCGCUCCACUAUCCAGAUUGUGAGGAAUUCUUGACUGCACUGUCUGGAGAGUGUAGAGCUAAGAGUGAUUGGCGUGGUUGGAUCGAAGAAUCCCAAACAGAUUGUCGAAUUCUCCGGGGAUCCUUCAUUCAUCGUACACAGAUGGUUUGGAUCACACCCACAAACAACCGAAUGCCAUUCGGUUUGACUAUGGAACAAUGUGCUCACACCAGGGUAUGCCAUAUGAACGGGAUUAUUUACACAAGGUCCUAUGGUCUUUCAAGUGGCGACGACGAUGCAGAUUCGCAGAGUCUUUCGUGCGAUUGGGACUCCCCAGAGAUUACUUUGAAUGUAUUGAAGUGCCGUCGUUGCUCUACACAAUGCCAAUUGACCAUGAGACCCUUGCCCGUGGAAGGGUCAGGAAUGGCAAUUUACAUUACUAGAUGGGUUGAUCUGGGAUCCGGCACAUUGGAUGAGAAAUGGCAAAGAUAUUUUCAACGAGGUAGAUUCGAAUUCGAAUAUCAGCAGCAACCAGAUUCGUUAUUUUUGUCUUCGUGCCCGAGAACUGAGAGACACAAGUAUCAGUGGAAUGAGGUGCAAACGCCACGAUCUCUUCCAACAACCAUGGUCGUGAUUACUCAUCAUUGUCUCUUCAAAUCCCGUGGUUUUGAUUCGUCGUCGCUACCAGAAUCUAUCAGUGAUUCUGUGCCGCGGGAUAACAAUAUGGAGGAUGACCGUGCAGAAGUCGAUUUGGGGGUAGCUGUCGAUGUGGAAAAUAUUCUCGAAGAGCCAGUGGCGCAACGCCAACCAAAGAAACGUUUCGUGGGAAGAAAGCAAGCUGCGGAAGCUGCUGCACGCAAUGGCAACAAUACAACUCCUGGGACAGUGAUGCCAUUCAAGCUAAUGUUACCCAUAGUUGCGACUCCUAGAAGAAUUCGAACAUUAAAUCAAGUGCCUCCCGAAAUUUUGAAUGAUCCUGAUAUCAAUGCUGCCAUCGCUCUCCUUCCACCAAAUUAUUCCUUCGAAAUACACAAAACUAUACAUAGAAUAAGAAUGAACGGAUCAAAGAAAGUUGCGCUGCAGAUGCCUGAAGGUCUACUCUUAUUCGCAACCACAAUUUCGGACAUUCUCACACAAUUCUGUCCUGGAAUCGAGACGCUCAUAAUGGGAGAUGUUACAUAUGGAGCCUGUUGUAUUGAUGAUUAUACCGCUCGAGCUUUAGGCUGUGACCUGUUGGUACAUUAUGCGCAUUCAUGUUUGAUUCCAGUGGAUGUUACAAAGAUCAAAACUCUCUACGUUUUCGUCGAUAUCAGCAUAGACACGGCACAUUUACUUGCAACUCUGGAGAAGAACUUUGCCUCAGGAAAGACCAUCGCCAUGGUAGGAACAAUUCAAUUCAAUGCGACAUUACAUGGUGUUCGAGCGCCGCUCGAGAAAGCAGGGUAUAAUGUUCUCAUUCCUCAGAUUUCCCCUCUUAGCAAAGGCGAAAUCCUUGGAUGCACAUCUCCUCAACUAUCAACUGAUGGUGUCGAUAUUAUUCUUUAUCUUGGCGAUGGUCGUUUCCAUCUUGAGAGUGCAAUGAUCCAUAAUCCGUCGAUACCAGCUUACCGAUACGAUCCCUAUUCUCGAAAACUCACUCGUGAAAGUUAUGACCACAAGGAAAUGCAUACUCUGAGAAGAGAUGCGAUUGAAACCGCGAAACCUGCAAAGAAGUGGGGACUCAUCUUAGGUUCUCUUGGUCGUCAAGGAAAUCCACACACCAUGACAAUGAUUGAGAGAAAAUUGGAAGAGCGAGGAAUCCCAUACAUCAACUUACUUUUAAGCGAGAUUUUCCCUGGAAAACUAGCUAUGAUGAGCGAUGUCGAGUGUUGGGUGCAAGUAGCAUGUCCAAGACUCAGUAUCGAUUGGGGAUAUGCUUUCCCCAGGCCUCUGCUCACGCCAUACGAAGCAUUGAUCGUAUUGGGCCAAAAAGAAGAUUGGGCAAAGAGCAACAACGAUGUCUAUCCUAUGGAUUACUAUGGAAAGGAAGGUCUUGGCAGAACCAAGCCUAUCUCGAGUAUUCCAGUUGCUGGCUGA